AUGGCUGGCUCUUCCUCUCCGGCUGGUAAGCCUGAGAAGACCAUGUCGUCAAAUCUAUUGACCAUGAAGUUCAUGCGACGUGCUGCAGCUGCAAAAGAAAGUCAAAGUCCAUCUUCCGAUGCCAGCCCCCACAAUCCCAAGCGACCUCGUCUCUCCACCGAGGCAGAGAGCCCUCGCACAUCAGAUAUGGAUGCGAUCGCGGCUGCACUUGCUGCCGAGGAAGAAAAGCGACAGCAAGCUGUCGCGCGCGCAGCUGCAGAGGCGGGUGAGACACAUUGGGUCUUGAACGUCCCUGCUACCCCCCCAAUCCACUCAGCAGCCUUUGAGGACGAUACCCACUCCGGUGGACGGCGGGCGUAUGGCAAUUUCAAGCGCAAAGAGCGCAAGCCACCAACUACCCCAAGCAAGGAUGGCAAUGACGAUGGUGAGGAUGGCGAGGAUGAUUACGACGACGAGAUAAUCAACCCAUCGAAUCCGCAAGAGGUCGCCAAAAUGCUUGAAAAGGCCAGACUCAAGGCAGAAGCUAAAGCCAGAGGAAACACACGACCGACGAAGUUGUCUGAACUCACUAGUAUCUCUGGAUCUGGCCGGGGAUCUUUAUUGGGCGCCCCAUCCUCUGACAAGAAGAAGAAAAAGCGCAAGAGCUCCUAA